AUGAUGGGGGAUCAAUUUUCCGUGGUGCCUUUCUGGGCCAUCCCAUCUCCAGAAGUUGACAACUUACUGCCUGAUUGCUUCAUAGGCUACAAUGAUAAUAGUGCUUCUGAAGCUACUUCUAGGUGUUCAAGUAGCGUUUCCAAGCUUUCAACAGAACUGGGCGGCAAUGGUUUGGAAGAUGUACUGGAACGAUCUUUGACGUCAGCAGCAGUACAAAAUGACGAAGGACAAUUCUUAUGCAGUUUAGAUAGUGAAAGUGGCAAACCGAGUUAUUAUGAUGGUAGUGAUAUUUCGUGGCUGAAUGAAUUCAUGAAUGUUUAUGGGAUUACCACUUUAGAUUCGAACGAUGAUUUUAACAUGAAAAAUAUCGAUAUGACAGUGGUUACAACACCACAGACGAAAGAGAAUCAACCAGCUGCUGUGCUAACGCCUGUGGGAGAGAUGAAAAAUGGUGGGAUUUUAACCAAUAAGUGCGUUAUACAACCGUCAAUAAUUCCGAACAAUGUUUCGAUGGCGUCACUUGACGUCUCUAUUGCUGCUGAUACAAAUACAAAUAUGUUUUCUGUUUGUAAAGCCAACACAGUACGAAAAACUGUUGAAGAUGUGAUAGCAGAUAACGAUAAGACAACACAUUCAAGUGUUGUAAAAGUUUUGCAUGGCAGUGCUCACCAGAAGAACAGUACUGUUCCGCCAUCAGACCACGGGCAAAAAUUUAUAGUGAAUAGGACCUGUUUUGAUGGUAUCAGUGAGCGCAAACGGGAACAGAACCGUUGUGCAGCCAUUCGAUACAGAGGUAAACGUCGUGAAGAAGCGAAACAGAAAAAAGAGGAGUUGCAUAAGCUUGAGCUACGCAACAUAGAACUAAAGGCCGAAAUGAAUUGCCUCGAAAAAGAAGUUAUUUAUUUAAGAAGUUUAAUGGAACUUGCGAGGCGUCCCUAA